AUGUGCCGGCGGGCGAAGCCUUACACGCUGGAGCCCGCGCAGGGAGCGCGGCGCGUGGCGCGGCGGGCGUACGAGCAGGUCGAGGCCGUCGGUAUGCUGGCGGUCGUGGACUUCUCCUUCCUGACGCCGCAGCUCGGUACCAUCAUCUCGGCCCUCGUGGGCGCGUCGGCCAUCGGGCUUCAGGUCGCGGGGAACUUCCGGCAGGCGCGCGAGAACUCCCGGCUGCAGUUCCAGCUCGAGCAAGACAAGGCGGCCCUCUGGCGCGACGAGGAGGCCAUCAAGACCGUUGCGAUGUACCGCGGGCCGCUCCUCGAGGCUGCGUGCGAGCUCGAGCAUCGGUUGUGGCACCUGCUCACGCUGCCCGGGGAGUGGCGCGACAGGCAGGGCAAGAUCGACGAGACCGAGCUGAUGUUCACGACGUACACCUUCUGCCAGUUCCUGGGCUACAUGGAGGCCCUGCGUCGCGAAGGCCCCCGCGAACGCUCCCUCCUCGAUCCCAUGCGGGGCUCCAACUCGCUCUCGAUCAUGCGCGAGGCCUUCCUCUUCGUGUUCUCGGCCGCCCCCGCGACGCUCGCGCAGUACCUCGACAGCAAGGGCCGCGGCGGCGGCAAGCGCGAGCACCCCGGGCUCCGGUGGAGGCCGAGCCGGGAGGUCGACCGCAGCAUCGACCACAACGGCGGCGGCGUGCCGCUGCGCACGGCCCGCGGCGCCUUCCGCGCGAUCGGCUCGCUCAUGCUCGGCUCCGAGAACGGCCAGGACCGCAUCUACACCAUCGCGUUCACCGACUUCUACCGCCAGGCCACCACCGAGGGCUCCGAAAUGAAGAUGUUCGUCGACCCGCUCAUCCGCGACAUCCGCGAGCUCGCCGAGGGCCCGCUGUGGCGCCGCGAGGGCCCGGUCCCCGUCGCACGCUGGACGCGCGCGCUGCUGUUGCAGCAGCUGCUCGUCGAGGCCUUUGACAUCCUCGACCCGGGGUACGCGAGGAUCCCGUCGAGCGCGCGCGUGGUGCUGUCGCCGACGGAGUGGAAGAAGCUGGCGCCGCUGGUGGUCGGGCCGAUCGCGAACACGAUCGCGGCGCGGCAGGCCGCGGACCGUGAGCGGCGGCGCGCGGGCAAGGGCAAGGGCAAGGCCGGGGAGGCCAAGGGCGCGGCGGACGGCGCGGUGAUCAGCUCGCGGCACGCGAGCAUGGACCGCGAGGUGUACGCGAGCGGCGAGUGGGCCAACAUGGAGAACCCCGAGAUGGGGGGGGACGUUCUGCUGCCCGGCGCGGGCGUGGGGAAGAAGAAGCAGGAAGAGUCGUGGAACGCAAAGGCGGCGGACGUGAUGGUCGGGGCCGGGAGCGCGCUGCUGGUCGAGGAGGCCGCGCGCGCGCUGUGGAAGGCGGCGCGCGCGAGCGACAACGGCAGGGAGGACCGGGAUCGCCGGCCGUAG